UUGAAGAACACUUGCAGGUCGAAUUAUAUAUUUUACUUUGUACACACGCGGGACAUGGCCGUGAAAAUCCAAAUUUCAUCCAUGAAUCAUUUUAAUGAAACGCCCCACACGAAGCACAAAAACAUGAAAUCAUCGUCGAGCCUCGUCGAGUGUUGUAUGUGUGGAGAUCCUGGUAUUACUCGAGAGCUUUUUCGAUGCAAAAUUUGUCAUUUCAGAGCUCAACACAGAUAUUGCAGUAAUCUGUAUCCGAAAUCCAAGUCUUAUAAAGUUUGUAAUUGGUGUUUGAAUCAGAAGGAUGACUCGAAGGAAAUGUCUCAGAAUUCAUUGAAUUCUUCGUCUUCUUGUAAAAGCAAAAUCGAAUUAAAGCAGCAGCAGAAACUGAUAAAAAAUCCCAUGAAGAAACCAAAUUCAGAAGAGAAAUCAUGUCCGAGAAAGAAGAGGAAAAGGAUCAUAUCGAAUGAUUGUUUACCAGACACGAUGAGAGGAACAAAGUCAGAAGAGAAAUCAAAGAAUGGGGUCAUUACAAGACAUGUGUUCAGGAACAAGGUAAGAAGAUAUAAGCUUUUGGAAGAGGUUUCAAGUUAAUUAUUCUUUGGAAGUAUGGAU